AUGCGACCCUUUCUGGAUGAUGCCAAAAAGCGGGUGGACAAUAAGCUCAGUACAAGAAGACAGUCUAUAUCGAAUAGCCGAAUGUUUUCCAGUGCGUUGCCCGAGCGCCUAAAGGAUGACCAUGACGCCCAGGUCGAUUUCACCGCUCCGCCUGGGGCCUCCGGGUCUCGCGAUGGUCACGUACCGUACAUGCAACAGUCCAUAUUUUCCAUGAUUGCCGCCGUCGGGUCCAAAUCUGACUUCCAUACGCGCUUCGACGACUCGAGUGAUAGCGAGGGAGAUGGCGAGAGACGUCGAAAACCCAGCAGAAAGAUCCCACCCACUGCGGCCGGUACACCUCUCAAGGAAGCCGAGAACUCCAACCGGCCGACAGAUACCAAGCCACCGCCGGAGGAACGAGGUCGCCGUCAUCGCAGGACGAUAUCGGAGAACAGGCUUUUGCGGCCCUUCAAGACAACCUCGAGCUUUCGUAAAGGGAAAGAACAGACAAUACAAACAGAGCCCGCGUCGAGCGAUGAGCUGUCCCGAGUCCCGUCUCCAAGACGUCCGCGCAGUGCCACCCUUCGCGCCGCCCCUGUUCUUAGUCGCAUGGUGGAGGCUCAAGCCCUCCUUGACCCCAAGGCGGUUCCCGAGCAGUCUCCGUCAACGGCGGGCGGGACCAAGCACGAUCCACAGCAGCCGGUCUCAUCUGCCCUCUCUGUUAGGUUAAUGGAGAUGUUUGGUUAUGAGUCUCCAGAGAAGGUCGUUGUUGAGUAUGCCUGCUCUCUACUACAAAGUAUGCUUCUGCAAGGAUACAUGUAUGUCACCGAAGGACAUAUCUGCUUCUACGCUUAUCUCCCCCGAAAGUCAACCGUCGCCAUCAGAUCCGGUUGGCUCCACAAACGGGGCCGAAAGAAUCUCCGAUACACUCGCUAUUGGUUUUCAUUGAAGGGGGAUGUUCUGUCUUUCUAUGCGGAUCCAUCCAACUUCUACUUCCCCAGUGGUCAUGUGGACCUCCGAUACGGGAUAUCUGCCUCUUUGGUGGAGCAAAAGGACAAGGGAAAGGAGACGAAGGAUUUCCAGGUGACCACCGACCAGCGGACCUAUUAUUUCAGAGCGGAUAGCCAGGCCAGUGCCAAAGAGUGGGUGAAAUCGCUGCAGAAAGUCAUCUUUCGGACACACAACGACGGCGACAGCGUGAAAAUAUCCUUUCCGAUCGAUAAUAUAAUAGACAUAGAAGAAAGCCCCAUGGUUGAGUUCGCCGAGACAUUCAAGAUACGUGUUGUUGACAGGGAGACCUAUGCCAUCGAUGAGUAUUACUUCUCGUUCUUCAAUUCCGGCCAAGACGCCUUCAACUUCUUGAAAAGCCUGACCCACGAAACAACGACAAAACAGUCUCAGGCAUUAUCGCCCAGGCGAGACCACGCCGCUCAGUCCAGACGUUCGCGGGGAUCUCAGAAUAGAUGGUCACUGAGCAGCGCACUAAGUCAGCCACGAGGGAUAGGAAAUGUUGGCUCUCAACGGCGCCGAAGCACGAGCGCUAGUCACUUCAGCUUCGGUCACGACGUAGUCGGAACGUCCCCUCCUACGAAGCAAGCCGAUCCAUCGGACUCCUUCUAUAACUCUUUUGAGCACGCAGCGGAAUCCUCGGCUGUCUUACAGUCCAUGACAGACACAACAGAGUCGGCUAGCCAAAUUCUAAACCGAAGUGAUGUAUUCCAGUCCCCAACAAUACACACCCUGGGAGCUCGGCCUUCUGGCGCAGAGAAGGCUGAACGUCGGCAUUCUGAUGAUACGGCGCGUUGCGGAACUCAUACUCCGGUCAACCCAUUGGUUAUUCCCCAGCGGAAUGAGUCAGAAAUUCAGUAUGGGAUUAGCGAAUCUGAUCUGGAAGUGCAGGAUUCUUCCAAGACAAAUACUGCUACUCCUUCUCUGAAUGAGCUUGUCAGGGCCGGGGUCUAUCCCCUCCAACGUGCCGCGGGAAUCGCGGGAUACUUGAAGAACCGGUCAAAGCAAAUGAGCACUCUUCUGGCCAGCGAAUCGAUGGGGUACUUCGAAAAAGUCUCGGGUAUGUGGGCAGGUGGUCGCCAGCAUUACGGGGAAGGAGAAGACAUACUGCCGGAGGAUCAGGACGUUGACCCCGAAGACAGAGAAGAUGGCUGCAAGCAUGGAGAUCGGUUCCGUGCUCAUUUCGCACUUCCGCCGACGGAGAGGCUUCAAGCAACGUAUUUCGCCCAUCUCCAUCGCGUACUUCCCUUGUAUGGCAAGAUCUACAUCAGUCAGAAAAAGCUCUGCUUCCGCAGCCUGAUUCCUGGGACCCGCACAAAAAUGAUUCUUCCCUUGAAGGAUGUCGAGAACGUUGAGAAAGAAAAGGGCUUUCGGUUCGGUUACCACGGACUUGUCAUCAUCAUCCGAGGACAUGAAGAACUGUUCUUCGAGUUCAAUGCGUCUGACGCUCGGGAUGAUUGUGCCGUAACGCUGCAUCAGGGACUUGAAUCGGUUAGGUUUUUGGCGGAGUCGGGAUUGCUCGCAAAACAGGAGAAGGACGAAUCUGAUGCGGCAAAGGCAGAGCAUCUGAUGUUACAAGAAGCCAGGAUGGGUACUAUCGACAGCGAAGACACGCAGGUUUCGUUAGAAGAGUCUUCAGAGCUUCAUCCCAUUUUUGAUGAUCCGCGGGCUUCAAUCAUCAACUUUAAACCCUCCGAGUCUCUGAGAAUCACAUGCCUUACCAUCGGUUCACGCGGUGACGUACAACCAUACAUUGCAUUAUGCAAAGGGCUACUCGCCGAAGGCCACAAACCUAAGAUUGCGACCCACGCGGAAUUCGAACCUUGGGUGAGAAAGCACGGUAUUGAUUUUGCUCCGGUCGACGGAGACCCGGCAGAACUUAUGCGAAUCUGCGUGGAGAACGGAAUGUUCACAUACUCAUUUCUGCGAGAGGCAUCUUUGAAGUUUCGGGGCUGGAUUGACGACCUCCUAUCAUCUGCAUGGAAAAGUUGCCAAGGAAGCGACCUCCUAAUCGAAUCGCCCAGUGCAAUGGCAGGAAUCCAUAUUGCCGAGGCACUGAGGAUUCCAUACUUCCGCGCCUUCACGAUGCCGUGGACUAGGACACGAGCAUACCCGCAUGCUUUCGCUGUUCCCGAGCACAAGAUGGGCGGCGCCUACAACUACAUCACCUACGUCAUGUUCGACAACGUCUUCUGGAAGGCAAUUGCGGGCCAGGUGAAUCGAUGGAGAAAGACCGAACUUGGGUUGAAGCCGACAAACCUGGAUAAGAUGCAACCCAACAAAGUCCCUUUUCUCUACAACUACUCUCCGUCGGUGGUCGCCCCGCCACUCGACUAUCCCGACUGGAUCCGGAUAACUGGGUACUGGUUUCUCAGCGAAGGAACGGACUGGACUCCGCCCGCAGAGCUGACCAGGUUUAUUCAGCGUGCGCGAAAAGAUGGUAAAAAGAUUGUGUACAUCGGGUUUGGCUCCAUCGUCGUGUCGGACCCGUCUGCUCUCACACGGACCGUCGUAGAGUCUGUACAAAAGGCUGAUGUUCGCUGUAUUCUGUCCAAGGGGUGGUCAGACCGUCUUGGAGAUCCUGCGAGUGCGAAGGCAGAGAUUCCUCUCCCCCCAGAAAUACUUCAAAUCCAAUCAGCCCCUCACGAUUGGCUUUUCUCGCAGAUCGACGCAGCCGCACACCACGGAGGCGCCGGGACGACUGGAGCAAGUUUACGAGCAGGCGUUCCAACCAUCAUCAAACCGUUCUUUGGUGACCAGUUCUUCUUUGGGACCCGCGUUGAAGAUCUGGGUGUCGGCAUUUGUAUGAAGAAGCUGAACGUGAGCGUGUUUUCACGGGCCUUAUGGGAGGCCACUCACAGCGAACGUAUGAUUGUGAAGGCUCGAGAAUUGGGUGUACAAAUUCGCAGUGAGGAUGGAGUGGCGACUGCUAUUCAAGCACUGUACCGCGACCUUGAAUAUGCCACAACCCUAGCUCGGCAGCGCUCGAUCGUUUCGUCCACGCCGUUCUCUCCAACGCCCUCGGCCAAGACCAUGGCUGAACAAGAUGAAGAUGAGGACGUCGGCGAUUCCGAGGAGUGGACGUUUGUCGGCGACGACACCGACAUUGACAUAUCCAGACGUGUGCGAGAUAGAGCCGUAUCUGAUGCAGACCUGCUACCUGAGCCUAUUUCCAAAUACCCGGGUCUCAGGGUUUAG